AAUUACACCAACGCACACCCAUUUGCUAUCUUCCCAAUUUGAAAGCCCUAGCAAAUCAUGGGUGUCCAUGUUGGUGCUUGUGUCCUAUUUCUCUUCCAAUUGUCAUCCCUUGUUCUUGGAGAAGUGCUUCCACUACCGCCAUUUGACGUAACUCAGAAGGAUCUCCAGCAGAAGUUGUCAUUAGGGAACAUUAAUCUUGAUGUGCCUGCGCUUUAUGUGUUUGGUGACUCCUUUGUGGAUGCUGGAAAUAACAACUAUUUGAAAACAAAAGCCAAAGCAGAUCACCCUCCAUACGGAUCAGAUUUCGGUGGAAAGGCUACCGGACGUAAUACAAAUGGAAGGCUAGCAGUCGACUUCAUAGCUAAAGUGGCUGGCUUGCCAUAUGCUCCACCAGCGUUGGGCAUGUCCGAAGCAGACAAAAAGAACACUGUAACUGGGGUCAAUUAUGCAUCGGCUUCCUCUGGCGUUCUUCCUGAGCCCCCUCAAAUGGAAGCACUUAUGGGAGAUGUUUUGAGUUUUGACGAACAAAUAGCAUUGUUUGAGAAGACAACUGAAAACCUAAAGUCGCAAUUCAGUACUCAAAACAUGUCAAAAUCACUCUUCUUUAUCCAUUCUGCUAGCAAUGACUUUGGUUUAGUAUGGAUGUUGGCGAACAAAGACCAUUUCACCCCUGAGGCCUACGCUUCAUACGUUGCUGAUGAGUUAUCCAAAAGAUUGCAGAAAUUGUAUGCGCUUGGAGCACGCAAAUUUCUGGUUAACAAUGUUUCACCCUUGGGGUGCCAACCAUAUAACAUAAUGCAACAGAAGCCAACAACUGCUUGUGUUGAGGAAAUGAACCAGCGAAUCACUGCUUAUAACAAACUCCUCCCUAAGGUACUCUCAAACUUGCAAUCCAAACUGCAUGGAUCCACCUUCGUGCUUGGAGAUCUUUAUAAGAUUUUUGAGGACGUUGUUGCAUCUCCUGAUUCGUAUGGAUUUACCAAUGUGAAGGAUGCAUGUUGCUUCACUGACUUGGGGAAGGGGACUGUAAUAUGCACUCCUCAAUCAGUGCCAUGCCAAGACAGAAAUGCUCAUGUGUAUUACGAUCCUUUCCAUCCAACUGAACGCAUGCAUUUGAUAUGGGCAACCCGUUUGUUAAAAGACUCGUCCGUUGUUUCACCAAUGACCUUGGUUCAAUUACUGCAAGCUUAAUUAGGUCCAUAUGUAGGGCCUUAAUUAUGAUAUAUGUACUCAUGAACCGACUGAUUAUCACAUACUUUAUCUUUAAAUUUUUAAAAAUGAAUAAAGAAGAGUGUAUGGA